AUGAUGUCUGACAUGGAGAUGGCCGGUGAACGCGAUAACCAUGAGGAACUUGGCCGAAAGCCCAUUCUCCAGCACGACCCUGGCCAUGACGAGAACGGUGGAUUACACACAAUGGUCGAAGGCGCUGUUCGACUGGUCACAAUGCUUAAUUUCAUGAAGGUUGAGCUUGGCGAGUACAAGUCCUUAAAGUCCAAAGAACAAUGGCGUUCCAUCGGCGUUGAGUUUCUCGCCACCCUUCUGUUCGUUUACCUGGGGUGUGGCUCUGUCGUAGCAUCAGGGGUCCUUGAGACGGAGUUGACAUCUGCAAGGCUCACUGUUAUCGCGCUUGGUCAUGGAUUGGCUAUAACCUUUCUCGUGGCAAGCACUGGUGCAAUCUCUGGAGGUCACAUCAACCCAGCAGUUACCCUUGCCUUCGUAGUUGCUGGAAAGGAGAACAUCAUAAGGGGCUCUCUAUACAUCGUUGCUCAGUUGGUUGGGGGAAUCUGCGGAGCUGCCUUGUUGGGGGCGUCCAUCCCUGUAGCAGAUCUAGGUCACUUGGGUACUCACAGUCUUGGCCACGGAACUUCCGUCAGCAAUGCUUUUCUGAUGGAAGUGAUGCUCACCUUUACUCUGGUAUAUGUUAUCUUUGGUGUCGCUGUGGACCGAAGAGGACCAGGUGUUAUUGCACCCAUACCGAUUGGCCUUGUGGUGGUAGUCGAUCACUUGGUGGGAGUACCAUUUACAGGUGCAUCCAUGAAUCCCGCCAGAAGCUUUGGGCCAGCUGUUGUAUCAGGAAUCUGGCCACAAGAACACUGGGUGUACUGGGUAGCACCCAGCCUGGGGUCAGCACUAGCAGCUGUCAUUUACAGGUACAUAAUCAUGGGAACAACCUACAAACCACCAGAAGCAGCAGCAAUGGUUAUGCCCGGAAGAAAGUCAAUGUCAGCAGCAAUCUGA